AUGGAGUAUCCCUCUAGGCAUCACCACCGUCGGGAGGGAGGAGAUGAGGAUUACCCACCUCCACCGCCUCCCUUCGAUCCAUCGCGGCCACAUCCUCCGCCUUCUUACUACGGAGGAGGUUCUGAACCGCCGCCGCCUCCGCCACCCUCUCAGGUGGCUCAUGUGUUUCAUGAAGGUCCUCCUCCUCCUGAUUAUUAUCAUCAACAACCACCACCACCGCCAUCGUACCAUCCACACGCUACCGCGGUUCAACAUGUUUCUCACGAGAGCGAAACCAAUCCGCAUCACCAUCUUCCCCACUUCAGUCACCACAACACCCACCAACCCGGAUCCGAACUUGCUGAAAAACCCUCUGUUAGGGUUUUUUCCAAGGCCGAGAAGAAUUACUCCCUCACCAUCCGUCACGGCAAGGUCAUUCUUGCACCUUCCGAUCCGUCCGAUCGAUUCCAGCACUGGAUCAAAGAUGAGAAAUACAGCACAAGAGUUAAGGAUGAACAGGGGUAUCCCUCCUUCGCAUUGGUCAAUAAAGCCAGCGGGCAAGCCAUGAAGCACUCCAUCGGGGCCACUCAUCCUGUAUGUUCAUCGUUGACAUCCUAACGCUCAAAUAAUGACAAUUUUGAGAGAUUCUAAAUUGUCAACCAGUCGAAUUGUUACCAUAUUUCCUUUAAUUUCAUUUAGCUUGAUCUAGAAAGCACGGAUACUUGCGGGGGUUGACGUGGUAGCAUCGCACACGUGUCUAACAUAGAUUUGCAUAGGACACGGAUAUGAGUGGGAUAAAACAGGAUAUGUAUCUGACACUUUUACUAGUGUCCUGAACAAGAAAAGAUUUUAUUUUCCAACCGGAUAUGGAUACGAAUACGUGAGCAUUGAUACGAUGGGAUAUAGGAGCGAUAUGGCGGGGUAACAUCUAUUAAUUUAAAAAUUGAGGGGACUGAAACGACAAAAAAAAGAAGAGAAAUGUUGCUGUUUUUUAGGGCUGGAAAAUGAAAAAAAAAAAAGGGGAAACGUCGUUGCCUUCGUUCCCAGUCCAGAAUUGUGACAGAGAGAAGAAGAAGAAGGCUUCAACGAUCAAACCAGUCUCCAAAUCUUCUUCAGCAACGAGGAGAAGAAAAGGAGAAGAAGAAGAGGUAAGACCAUACUUGAGACUUGAGUACUGAGAGAAGAAACAAUCAGCCACAUGUCUCUUCCUCUUCGAUACAUCACGUCCAGAUUUGGCCUAGUCAAUCUCCUCCUCUUCUUCGAUCUUUUCCUUUUCUUCUCCUUCUUCUCUCCUUCCAAAAUCUCCUACAAGCUUCGGUGAACAGAGAUUUUACUCUUUUAUCUCUCUCUCUCUCUCUCAUGAUUUGAACAGGGACUUUUCCUUCAAUUU